AGACGACAUCAUGGCAAAGUUAGAGGAGCGAGGCUUUUUGGAAGAAGCAGGUGUGCGCGCUGGGGCUAUCGCUUCAGCCCUGGAGGUUCUCGCCCUCCGCCUUCUUUCUUUUUUCUCUUAUUUUUCUUAGCUUUAUUUUUUUAUUCACUCUUUUCUUGGAUGUUGGGGAGGAUGGUGUCUAAGCUGACCUCUCUGCAGCAGGAGCUCCUCAGCGCCCUGUUGGACUCCGGAGUGACCCGGGAGGUUCUGGUCCAGGCGCUGGACGACAUGGACCCCCGGCCGGCCACUCUGGGGGUGAAGCUGGAGGGGAGCGUUCAGACGUCUCCGAUGAGCGGCGACGGGGACUCGCACAAGCCGGUGUUUCACACGCUCUCUAACGGGCACGGCAGGGGGAAACUCUCCGGGGACGAGGGCUCGGAGGACGGGGACGAUUAUGACACGCCGCCCAUCCUGAAGGAGCUUCAGGCGCUCAACACGGAGGAGGCGGCCGAGCAGCGGGCAGAAGUGGAGCGGAUGCUAGCUGAGGACCCAUGGCGCGCGGCCCGCAUGAUCAAAGGGUAUAUGCAGCAGCACAACAUCCCUCAGCGCGAGGUGGUGGACGUUACCGGCCUCAACCAGUCUCACCUGUCUCAACACCUGAACAAGGGCACGCCAAUGAAAACGCAGAAGCGCGCGGCGCUCUACACGUGGUACGUCAGGAAGCAGCGCGAGAUCCUGCGACAAUUCAACCAAGCAGUACAUGGGUCUGGCAGUAAUAUGACAGACAAAGCCAGUCAGGAUCAGGUGCUCCUUUUUUUCCCAGAGUUCAGUCAGCCUGGACAGGGAAUGCCGCAGCACGUGGAAGACGCCAGCACUGAGCCUGCACUAAAGAAGCUCCGACGCAACCGCUUUAAAUGGGGGCCUGCGUCCCAGCAGAUUCUGUACCAGGCCUACGAACGGCAGAAGAACCCAAGCAAAGAGGAGAGGGAGGCUUUGGUGGAAGAGUGCAAUCGGGCGGAGUGUCUUCAAAGAGGGGUAUCUCCAUCCAAAGCGCAAGGGCUCGGCACCAACCUAGUCACAGAGGUGCGUGUCUACAACUGGUUUGCCAAUCGGCGAAAGGAAGAGGCCUUCAGGCAGAAACUAGCGAUGGAUGCCUACAGUGGUCAGACGCACAGCAUGAACUCCCUUCUCUCGCAUAGUUCGCCUCACCAUCCGCAAGCCAGCACUUCGCCACCAAGCAAAAUGCAAGCCGUCAGGUACAACCAGGGUCCAGGAGAAGUCAGCUCCUCCACUACAAUCAGUCACCACAGCGGCAAUGGCAUGACGAGUGGACAGUCCGUGUUGCAGCAGAUCUCUCCUGGAGCGCUGGAUCCUAGCCACAGCCUGCUGUCACCUGACGCCAAGAUGAUUUCAGGAUCAGGUGGAGGUCUUCCACCAGUAAGCACACUGACCAGUAUGCACGGCCCACACCAUGCUCACCAGCAAACGCAGAACCUCAUCAUGCCUAUCUCUGGAGUCAUGGCAAUUGCACAGAGUCUCAACACGUCGCAGGCACAGACGGUGCCAGUCAUCAACAGUGUGGCAGGGAGUCUGGCUACUCUACAGCCAGUGCAAUUCUCCCAGCAGCUGCACAGCUCUCACCAGCAAGGACUAAUGCAGCAGUCUCACAGCCAUAUGAGCCAGCAGCCCUUCAUGGCCACCGUCACGCACUCACAUAUGUACUCACAUAAGCAGGAGCCACCACAGUAUUCCCACCCCUCGCGUUUUCCCUCCGCCAUGGUAGUAACGGACACCAACAGCCUCAGCACCCUCAGCUCAAUGUCCUCCAACAAACAGGAUGGUCCUGUAAACAAGAUGGUGCAACUGGGGGGUCUCUCCUGGCAGUGUCCUCUGCAAGCCUGGUGAGCAGCACGUCUACCUGACUUCCUUGAUUCCUUGAAGCCUAGCAACAGGAGCACAUUUCCCUGCCCUCCACCUCCACCUCCACCACUCCCCACUGUAUCUGUGGCAACUCUAACUGACUGCUAAUAACUGGCAACCGGUGCGCUUGAAGACGAGACAGUCAAUAAUGCUGGAGCCGAAUUGGAGAGAAAGGGGAGCAGACUCAAAAGCGGCAAUGGACGCUAUGGCUUGGCCUUCUUUAUCUUCUUACCGCAGGAUAACAGAUGGAAGGAGGAUUAAAUGGACUUUAUCUUUCAGCUGAUCAAAGGUGGAACAUCUUUGGAAAACUACAACCCAAGCCCAUUGUAACAGUUUGACAAUAUAACAGUGUUUUGCGUUCUGCAUGGAUCGUCCACCUCAGAGGAACAAAUGCAACGACUGGAAUAAGACAGGAAAUAGCUGCAAAAUAGCGAACUUAUGCUUCUACCAAAUGUUCCAGAGGAUGACCUGGCUUCCAUUGGGUUUGGACAUAUCCGCAUCAGUCCACUCAUUGCACACACAACAUUCCAUGUUCAAUCAUGCAUUAUACGACAAUCAAUGUACAGUAUAUAUAUUAUUGUAAACCUUCAGUAUGAGUCAGCUAUUCCUCUGGUCAUUUGGUCAAAUUUGCCAAAAAAAACUGAGCUUCUUGUGGACCACACACACACAUCAUUAUCACACACACCACACAAGUCUUCCAUUGUUAACUCUUAGUAUGAUUGGUCACUCUCCUGUACAGAUGUAAAUAGGAAUAAUUAAUAUGCCACUUCUUUUAAAAAUGGUGUACAUAUUCAAGGUCUGCCUCUUUAAUUGUGUCCUUUUUUUACGUAUAAACUGUGAUUCAGAGACGACAAUCUUUAAAACAGCAAGGACUGACUAUGCAAUGUAUCGGAAAGCACAAAAAGACGCUGGAAUUGUCUCAUUUACAAACAAAAGAAAGGAAAAAGAAAGCAAAGCAGACCUUCCACCAAGCUGGAAAUGUAUGAAACUACCCUUUUUUUUUUUUUUUUUUUUUUACGUUUUUGUGGUUUGUUUGUUUUAUUCAUUACACAUUUAUCACAGGGAUGCACUGAAAUUAUUGUUUCACAUUUUUCCUAAAUGUAUUUUUGUGUUUCUCUUCAAAGGAAUUGACACAAUUACAAAACUACAAUUGAAAAAUAUUUAUUGAAGAGUGAAUAUCUGGUUUUGAUUAGAUUGGGCAAUCAAAUAUGUCAUUGUUUAUAUAAAUAUGUUAAUGAUUCUGCCUUUUCACUUCUUCAGCUGAAUGUCAAAAGCAAUUUCUUCCAAUUUUGGUUGAUAAUAAUUUUAAAACGUUUCUGAAUAUUCAGUGCAUUCCUACUGUAAAUCAGUUCCUCAUAUUCUGAUUAUCUGGGCUCAUAAAAUCUGCUCUGAUAAUAACAUAAGGAGUCUCCUGCUGAAUUACUUUGGUGUUGGUUCCUGCAGCCAGAGCCAUCACACCAGCACGUUUGAGUGAUGUGAUCAUGAGGGUUCACCUUAUUAAGCGUGAUCAGCAGCAUGAUCAGCAGUAUGAACAGUAUUAGCCAAUUAUGCAAUUUUUAAAAAAAUUAAUCCUGUAUAUUCAAGCCAAACACAUUAUUCUCAGCUACAUUUAUAUAAAAUAAUAUUUGUGCAUUUUUAGAAAGUUAAAAAGGUAAAAAGGAGUGUGUUAAGAAUAUUUUCAGGCUGGCAUCUCUUUAUUUGUAGCUUUCAUCUGCUGUCCAGCUGUCCAGCUGUCCCUUUUUGUGCAUUCCAUACUUUUUCCUAAAAGGUCACUAAACUUGUUUUUGUGUUUUUUGUUUGUAAUGCAUUUACUGAACAUUAUGUCUACUGCCGUGUGGUUACAGUGCCAUUCUCUAAACAAACCAUGUGAUUAUUCUCUUUUCCUUCUUGUAUUAUUUUUGUAUAAAAUGAAAAUCAAUUAAAAAAUCAUUAUUUAUACUGUGAGGAAAAAAACUACGGUUUUUAAGUAAAGGCUCUUCUGAAGAUU